GUAGUGGAUCAUGAAUUCGAUGCAGUGGUGGUCGGCGCCGGAGGGGCGGGCCUGCGAGCUGCAUUUGGCCUUUCUGAAGCAGGGUUUAACACAGCCUGCGUCACAAAGCUCUUUCCCACCAGGUCACACACCGUCGCAGCCCAGGUAUGAGAAAGGGCUCUCUCCGUCCUUUUGGUGCUCGCGAGGCACUGCACAGCCCGGCGCUCCACCACAGCAGCCUCCCGCCGCGGGCCGCCCUCCACUGGGCUCCCUCUGUUCUUGGCGCUCCCUCGCCAGGAGGUCUCUGCCCACCCUGCCCCCGCCCCACUGCCCAGAGCCUUGUUGUCACUCCUAUUUCUGCUCCAGUCAUGCCCACCUCCACCAUGGUGUGAGCUCCUUCACUGCCCUUACCCAAUGUGAACAAGUUUGUUGUGGGCUCACUCUGUACCUGCUGGAGGAACCUCAGGGCAGACCUCGAGUGGUGGUGACGAGCUCUGAUGAUGGUGUGAAGCUGCAGCACAGAAAACAGUGGCCUUUAAUGCUCUGAAUUUAGGGAAGAAGAAAAAGUAAGGGGGGGAUCAACGCCGCCCUGGGGAACAUGGAGGAGGACAACUGGAGGUGGCACUUCUACGACACCGUGAAGGGCUCCGACUGGCUGGGGGACCAGGAUGCCAUCCACUACAUGACGGAGCAGGCCCCGGCCUCCGUGGUGGAGCUGGAGAAUUACGGCAUGCCGUUUAGCAGAACUGAAGAUGGGAAGAUCUACCAGCGUGCCUUUGGUGGACAGAGCCUCAAGUUCGGGAAAGGCGGGCAGGCCCAUCGGUGCUGCUGCGUGGCCGACCGCACUGGCCACUCGCUGCUGCACACUUUGUAUGGAAGGUCUCUGCGAUAUGAUACCAGCUAUUUUGUGGAGUACUUUGCCUUGGAUCUCCUGAUGGAGAACGGGGAGUGUCGAGGCGUUAUUGCUCUGUGCAUAGAAGACGGGUCCAUCCACCGCAUCAGAGCAAAGAACACUGUUGUAGCUACUGGAGGCUACGGGCGCACCUACUUCAGCUGCACAUCCGCCCACACCAGCACCGGGGACGGCACUGCCAUGAUCACCAGGGCAGGCCUUCCCUGCCAGGACCUGGAGUUUGUUCAGUUCCACCCCACAGGCAUAUACGGUGCUGGCUGUCUCAUCACGGAAGGGUGCCGUGGAGAGGGAGGCAUCCUUAUCAACAGUCAAGGCGAGAGGUUCAUGGAGCGCUAUGCUCCUGUCGCAAAGGACCUGGCAUCCAGGGACGUCGUAUCCCGCUCCAUGACCCUGGAGAUCCGUGAAGGAAGAGGCUGUGGCCCUGAGAAGGAUCACGUGUACCUGCAGCUGCACCACCUCCCCCCGGAACAGCUGGCUAUGCGCCUGCCUGGCAUCUCGGAGACAGCCAUGAUCUUCGCGGGUGUGGACGUCACCAAGGAGCCGAUCCCUGUGCUUCCCACCGUGCAUUAUAACAUGGGCGGCAUCCCCACCAACUACAAGGGGCAGGUUCUGAAGCACGUGGGCGGCCAGGACCAGGUCGUGCCCGGCCUGUACGCGUGUGGGGAGGCUGCCUGCGCGUCGGUGCACGGCGCCAACAGGCUGGGGGCGAACUCGCUCCUGGACCUGGUCGUCUUCGGCCGGGCAUGCGCGCUGAGCAUCGCGGAGUCCUGCAAGCCUGGAGAUAAAGUUCCCUUGAUUAAACCAAAUGCUGGGGAAGAAUCUGUCAUGAAUCUUGACAAAUUGAGAUUUGCCAACGGAAGCAUAAGAACAUCGGAACUACGGCUGAACAUGCAGAAGUCGAUGCAAAGUCAUGCGGCAGUGUUCCGUGUGGGAAGCGUGUUACAGGAAGGCUGUGAGAAGAUCAGCAAGCUCUAUGGCGAUCUAAAGCAUCUGAAGACGUUUGACAGGGGAAUGGUCUGGAACACUGACCUGGUGGAGACCCUGGAGCUGCAGAACCUGAUGCUUUGUGCCCUGCAGACCAUUUAUGGAGCAGAGGCCCGGAAGGAGUCUCGCGGCGCUCAUGCCAGGGAGGAUUUCAAGGAGCGGGUUGACGAGUACGAUUACUCCAAGCCCAUCCAGGGGCAGCACAAGAGGCCGUUUGAGGGGCACUGGAGGAAGCACACGCUCUCCUACGUGGACAUCAGGACUGGGAAGGUCUCCCUGGAAUACAGACCCGUAAUCGACAGAACUUUGAACGAGGCUGACUGCGCCACUGUCCCCCCAGCCAUCCGCUCCUACUGAGGAGACCGGAGUUUACCAGCUCUUGUAAUUAUGUAUAAUAGCUCAUGCACGUGUUCACAUUGUAACUGCCUUCUUAAACUGUCCUCGAGUGACUGAGGAUGCCGCUUGACAGAGAUUCCUACCAGAGGCCGGCAGCUCGCCAGUAAUCAACAGCCAGGAAGUGUUCAGCUUGCCUUUGUCCCUGCUUCAUUCUUGAGAGAUAAUAAAACUGGGCACAAUUCUUAGAUGAAA